CUUCCGUUAAACUUCCGCACGUUAAACGUUAGUGUGAGUAAAGAAUUAACCCCAUUUUUUUAGUUCAGUUGACCGGAUAGUUUGUAAUAUAAUCUGUUAUAAUGUUACCUCUAUCUUUGCUGAAGACUGCACAGAACCACCCUAUGCUGGUGGAGUUGAAGAAUGGAGAGACGUAUAAUGGACACUUGGUCAGUUGUGACAACUGGAUGAAUAUUAAUUUACGAGAAGUCAUCUGCACCUCAAGGGAUGGAGAUAAAUUUUGGAGGAUGCCUGAGUGUUACAUCAGAGGAAGCACCAUAAAGUACCUGCGUAUCCCUGAUGAAAUAAUCGACAUGGUGAAGGAGGAGGUGGUGUCCAAGGGCCGCGGGAGAGGGGGCAUGCAGCAGAACAAACAGCAGGGCAAGGGUCGUGGGGGAGGAGCAGGCAGAGGUGUGUUUGGAGGCCGUGGCCGGGGUAUGCCAGGAGUGGGCAUGCCAGGAGUGGGCAGAGGCCAGCAGCAGCAGGAGAAGAAGCCUGCAGGUGGCAAACCUCAGGGAGUCAAGAACCAGCACUGAGGAGAGGGACAGACAGGUCAGAUGUAAGAGACGAGUGUAGUUUUCACAGAAUGACAACACUAUCAGUCAGUGGAGGUCACCUCACACAAUGGCUGGUGUAAUGGCCAUUACUGCUCCCUCUCUGCUAUUUUCUAACCAUGUGUGUUUGACCACCAAUUGUGAAAUCACACCGUGAGAACUAUGAAUAGUCUGUGCAGUUCAGAAAAGGCAGGGUUUUGUUUUAUCGACAGAUCUUUUCCAUAAAGUUUUUUUUAAAGUUAUCAAUUUGGGCCAUUGUCAGAAACAUGCAAUUAUUGUCCUCAAGUAACAGUGACCCAAUUUGAGAAGUUCAAUGUUUUGUUUUAUUGUGCCCAGGGCCAUCUACUACAUUGAUUGUACCCAAUUGUCUUUAGUGUAAUGUAAGCUAUCAAUGUAAAGAACCCAUUUUUGGCAUCCAUUUAAUGCCCUUGGAAUUUGAAGACUUAAGUUGAUUGGGUUAUGAGGGAAAAUACCUAGUUGGUUAAAGAAGAUGUCAAGAAGUCUGACAGUUUAUUUUCUCAGUCCCAAUUGGGUGUUUCUAAAUGUUUUACUUUUGUGGAGUUUAUUUGCAAAUUGUAACAUGAGACAAUAAUGUUGUAAUUUAGCCUAUACAAAAGAACAUGAGAAUACAUUUUUUGUUUGUUAAAUAUACUGUACUUAAAUAUAUGAAAGAACAAAAAACAGUUGGAUCUGUUUUGAAUUGGUCUACAUACAUAAUUAAAAGGUAUUUUGCAACGCUCAUGUUCGCUUACCUCUAAAAUGACAAAACACAAUUUGCAUAGUAGGUUUAUGUUCUUGUAUAACUAGCUAUAAAAAAUAAAAUGUUAACAUAAAUGAUAAAGCAUGCAUAUAACAAAGCUGGUGUAACCCUCUCUCUAACCCCCUAAAGCACAACCGCAAUCACACAGCUGCUGAAUCGGCAAAAAUGCAGCCCUGAUUAACAUAAAGCUAUAAUUCUUCAAGUUAAA